AUUAUAAUUAUAACUGUAGUCGAUAUUUCUUGCUCACCCUGUAGGCAGGUUGAUAAAAUUUUCGCUAGGAUCGUCGUUAGUUUUUCUUUCCAACUAAAAAAGUGCGUGCGUCAGCGUCAGCGUUAUUCGCUUCUCUUUCUUUUCUUUUGUGAUUUUUUUUUAAUGUAUUGUCGAUGUUGCGUUUGCGAACGAGACGAGCUGUUUAUUUACCUUCAAAUUUUUAUCUGUCAGUCAUUAUCAUUUUACGUUAGAAGUCGAAUGCUGCAAUAUGGCUAAUGUUCGCGACAGUGAUACUUCGUUAUGGCUACACAACAAACUCGGCACUUCGAACGAUUCCUGGACUGGAGGAUCCAUUUGCUCUCAAUUAAAUUCAGAAGUCUUGAGAAAUAUAAAAGAAUGUUUCCCCGAUCUUCAAACUCAAGUCAAAUUAAAGCUGCUCCUUUCAUUUUUUCAAAUCCCCCAGAAAAACGUUCAAGAAUGGAGAAUGGAAUUAGAAGAGAUCUUGGAAUUAGCUCAAGUCGAUAGCGAUCGUUGGGUUUCUGUGUUGGCUGAAAUAAUGCGAACUUUCCCUAAUACAUAUUCGCUGAACGCUGAUUUUUUGGAAAUCAAAGAAAAUAAACGUAUAUUUGACGAAUUACUUCACGAUUUGAAAAAGCAGCUCAAGAAACCAACCGACUUCAGUAUGUUACCCAUGGAAUGUCAUUAUUUGAAUAAAUCCGCCUUAGUUAACGUGAUUGGGCAACCGCCUGUACCGAAGAAACACUUCACAUUGAAAAGGAAACCUAAAUCGGCCGCCGUGAAAGCGGAUCUAAUGCAAAAAUCUGUCGAUAUAGCGAAUAACAUGAAGAAAAAUAUUUCUCCAGCGGUGCCCGUACGAUCUCGUGGAAUGCCUCGUAAAAUGACCGACACUACACCUCUCAAAGGUAUUCCGAGUAGAUUACCGAGCAGCGGAUUCAGAACUUCGAUUUUGAGCACUAACAGUAACAGGCCUACUCCAAAUAGACCAUUAUCUGGUCGAAAAGACUGCGCGAUUAAAUUACUCGACAUCACCGAACAACCAUUGGGCUACGCUCAAGCUAAAAAAAGAAAACGAAUGUUGGAAAUGGAAGAAUCGAAACGAGCUUUGGAAGAUUCGCAAAAUGCUUCCUUCAAUGGUAACGAUACUUUGAACGGAGAGAACGGUAAUCCUCCGAGUGUGGAUUCGAUGCAACCACCUCCCACACCCGCUACUCCAGAUUAUGCUGCUGGAUUGACCUCCCUGAAUCCACCAACUCCUUCGGUUGUGAUUAGUAACAACAGAUCUCCCAUACAUACGCCCAGCCAGGCUCCUAGUACUCCAUAUACGCAGCCUGUUACGCCAUAUUUUCAGCCUACAUCUGUAUUACAGUCGCCUAGAACUCCAAAGACUCCUUCGUAUACUCCGGUCAUCAUGGAUAGUUCGACGAUCAAAGAAGAGAAAGCUGCUGCGAAUAAUGUUACGUCUCCUAUUAAACAAGAGCUACAGGUGCAACCUCAGCAAUCGCAACCUAUUCAGGAACAGCCGCAAGUUCAACCUCAACCACAGGUUGUCAAGACUACUCCGACUGUCACUACGAUACCUCGUGUAACUACUCAAAGCAAAUCGCAAAUGGUAUCAGUAGCCAUAUCAUCUCGUGAUGCUACCCUUCCUCUCAAUUUACCGAAAGAGCAGUUGGCAGAAGCUCAAGAAAUGUUCAAGAACGCUAAUAAAGUCACUACUCCGGAGAAAAUCCUUAUUCUCAGUUUCAUGGCCGGAUCCAGAGAAAACCCUUGUCCUCAACUGGGUAACAUAAUGACGAUCAAGCUGAGCGAAAACAGAGUAUCGAUACAGCAGCCAGACGGUACUUAUCGUACUUAUAACGUCGAAAUGCAUUUCCAAAUGAACUACAACACCGGUAAAUGGAACUGGAUUGAAAAAAGGCGCGAAAUCGAUCCCGGUACUUCGCUGUCGUCAUUAGCAGCCGUAGCAGCAGCUGCCGCCAACAACGAACAGUUUCCGUCGCAACAACAACAGCUUACUUCGUGAUUGUCGACAUAAUAUUACGUUUAUGUGUAGAUAAUAAGUAUUUUUUUCGAUACAAUUUUUUAUAAGUUUACAAUUUUUUUUCUUUUUGCCUAAAGGGUUGUAUAAAUCUGGCCGUUGCAAAGUCAACUUUUUCAUAUGAAUUGUGUUCAUUUAAUCAGCGUUCGGUAGGUAAUUUGUGAAGCAUUAUGAUUUCUCGUUGAAUUUUAUGUAGAAUGUUACUACGAUUACGUAGCUUAUACUUAAUGAAGAAGCUUAUUUUAUUCGCGUAAGUUUAGUUUAAAGUCUCAUUUUUAGUUACCAUUACCUGAUGAUAUCUUUACAUAGGUAUACUUCAACAUAUUGGUUUAUUUUCGCGAAAUUCAUCAGCUUAUGAAAUAUUUCCACGAUGUUUGGAUAUUUUUUAUCGUUUUUGUUUGUUUCCCCCCCCCCCGCUUUGUAAGUUUAAUUUCAUUCAAUGUCUUCGUUAUUUCUUUUCUUUUUUUUUUAAAUUUUGUUUUUACUUUGAUAAUUAUUUUUCAAGAAUAGUAUGAUUUUGUUUUCCUAAAAGUAAUAUUAUACUGUUACUUAUAUGCGGAUAAGUAAUUAGAAUAAUUUGUUAUUUUCUUAUUGUAAAUGUAUACUGUAUAGUAAAUUUUGAUCUUUUCGAGCUUAUUAACGUGGCUAUAAUAAUGUUCAUAUACAUCAUUGUGAAUAUUAAAUUACCUAUAUACCAGAUGAUUUAAGAAUUAUAAAUCUUUGUACUAAU